AGAUUUGUGUCCAGCUUUUUGUCACCGCCUCCUGCCGCCACCUGGUCUCGUCCACUUUCCAGGCGACAUGUACCGGACGUCAGGCCCAUGGUGACCUCUGCCCAUUGAGUACAGGGACAGUAUUUGUUUGAAUACACAGCAUCAGUCACUCUGCAGACACUUAGAAAGUUUAAAAUAUUAAAAUAGUUAUUGAGCACUUCAGCUGGUAGUGCACUUUUAUUCUAAAUAUCUUGCAUGUUGUCUAGAGAAAUGAGUUUCCUCUGCUGUAUAGAAUAAUACCCUAAAUAGAUUAGCCUAAUAUACAUUUUUAAACUGCAUGUUCAUGUUUAUUUUAAUUAAAAGAGGGACAAUGCACAUUAAUUAACACGGGCACUCGGGGUCCAUCAUGUAAAAAGGGCCAGAUUCUGCACAGGAGGAGCUAUUGCAUGAGGCUGGUUCCUGAUAAACUGCGCCUCGCCUGGAAAGUGGCAGAGAUCAGGAGGCAACAGCAGGAAGAGGAGGAAGAGGAAGAGGAGGGGGUGACAAAAAGCUGCGAUCUUGUCAGUUUCCAGCAACCUUCAAAGAAUUAACAGGAAGUCACACGAAUAUUUGCUUACUGUUUGGAUCUGUAGUUUGCAGAUUCGUGUAUGGAUAAAACAAAACUUUAUUAUUAGGAUUAUUAUAAAUCGAUCUGUUUAACAGAUUAAAACUUCACCGCACAACAUGACACACAGCCACGAUUUAAAGUUAAAAUAUAAAAAAUCACGCAGAACAUCAGGAAAACGUGGUGUUUGUUGUCAAAACUAGGAGCCAAUCAGCUCUUUGAUCAGGCGACAGCCAGCGUCUCCCAUCAUGCUCUGGGUCGACGGCGACUGGUGCUAUAAACUGCGGCCGCCUCGAUCUGGUGAGGUUGUCGAUGCCCACGUGUGCAUGACGUCGGAGCACGUCGGCGUCAAGUCGGACAGCAGUCUAACCAGCAUGCAUUGUGCGCAGGCUCAUGUCGAACAUGAACAGGAUGCAAGUGCCUUAUUUCCCUGUUCACUGCCAGGGGCUUGGUGGAGUGCUGUUUUAAUGGGGAACGGGUGGAGACGCUUCAAGCACAUCUUUAUCUGCUUCCUGGGAGGAGCAUUACUCUUGCUUAUAUAUCUCAACAUUGACUGGAAGUCGGGGAACUUGGAUGAUCCCGGGCCGUAUUAUGUGGCCUAUCCACGAAACUACAAGUUCAUCAUGGAUGACACGCCAACGUGUAAGAGCACAACUCCUUUCCUGGUCCUGAUGGUUCCGGUUGCACCCGGGGACGUGGCAGCUCGGGACGCCAUCCGACAGACGUGGGGAAAUGAGAAACUGGUUCUGGGUCAGCUGGUCGAGACGCUCUUCAUCCUGGGCCUACCUGGGGGAGCUGAUGCAGAGCAGCAGCAGGAGAAGCUCAUACAGGAGAACCUGCAGCACCAUGACCUGAUCCAGAGUGACUUUCAGGACAGCUACCGCAAUCUGACCAUCAAGACUAUGAUGAUGCUGGAGUGGCUGGUUGCGCACUGUGUGAAGGCUUCCUAUGUCAUAAAGAUUGACUCAGAUAUGUUACUCCAUGUCAAGAAUUUGGUUAAACUGUUGCUGGAUCCCAGCACUGCCAAACAAAGCUACAUGACAGGUUUGGUGUGGUGGCACAGCCCAGUUUUAAGAAACCCAUUCAACAAAUUUUACAUGCCGAGAAAUGUGAUUGCUGAGCCAGAAUACCCUCCCUAUCCUCUGGGCAUGUCCUACGUCAUGUCCAUGGACCUGUCUGCGAAGAUCCUGGGAGUCUCUCCUCAGAUUAAACCUCUCUACAUCGAAGACGUCUACCUGGGUAUGUGCCUAAAACGCCUGGGCAUUUCCCCCACCGACCCUCCUGAAAGUACUAUGUUUAUUGUCGACCCGCAGCAUCCUCUGAGCGGCUGCAGCCUUUCGAAAGUGAUCGCUGUUACAACAACAAGCAUCCCGCAGAUGACGAGUUACUGGGAGAGGAGCAGGCAGCCAGAGGCGAAGUGUUGAACUUUGUCAGGUUUACCAAGACUGAGUGACUUUUGAGUUUUUGAUGGCGGGGUGAUACUGUCGUAACCUGAAUCUGACAUAUAUUUUAAAUAAAUUGAAAUAGAGCAUAUUUUGUUAUGUGUUUGCAGACAACUUGGAAGCACCUGCGUUCUGGGUUGGACAGAAGCAUGUCUUUUGGUAUAAAAAAAAACAAAACAUAUUUAAGGAUUUGAACCCAAAUCGACUUCCUGAGCUGUAUCAGCUCUCACACUAACAGACUGAUUCUCUACAUGUUUUACAUACAAGCAUAAUGUUGUUCUUCCUUUUUAAACGUCCAUUGUGUAAUAUUUAAGAAGAUAUUUUGGCAGAAAUGGAAUAUAAUAUUCAUAGGUAUAUUGUCAGUUGUGUAUUAUCACCUGAAUAUAGGAAUCUGAAUAUGUUUUUGUUACCUUUAGAAUGAGACAUUUUUAUCUGCCUGACGCCGCAGGUCGCCUUAAACUUAUUUUUCUAAUUUCCUUAGCACAUGUCUUACUUUAUGCAACCCUCUUGCACUCGUGUCAGCUAGAAUUUGAAAGUGAAUGUUCUGGCACCUUUUGUUUAUAGUUUCUCCUUUACCUACUGUAGCUUGGAUUGUAGGGGUCCAGGCGCCACAGAACCAGGGCCUAAGACCCUUUACAGUUCUUUGACUAUUUUGUUUUCAUGUGUGGGUGAUGAUUGCUUUCUGUGACUGAAUUGUCUUGGGAUGUUGUGUAUAUGUAUUUUUUUUCUCACGUUCAUGUUGUUGUAGAUCUUUAUCUCAAUCUCUGUCUUGAGACUGAUUAAAUGAAACUAAAUGAAUGUAAAAACAUGUUUGGUGUAGCCCAUCGACAUAUAAAACAUGGACGUCACACCUCCACUUCCACCGACUGUACAAAAAUGAAGCCAAAAUAUCCCAGAUACAGCCACUGACAUCUUUCACCAUUCAGAUCUCUAAAUCUUUAAAAUACCAUAAACCAUCUUUGAAAAAAAUUUAUUUGACGUGUACUUUUUAGUUUGGCUCAUGUUCCAUCUGCUAAAAUGGAGGCAACAGGCUUUACGAGCUGUGCUGCAGUCAGCCACCAGAGGGCGAUCAAGAUGUUUUGGCUUUACUUUUGCAGCACUGUCAUGUUGUCCAUCUUCAUAUAUGUCGAUGGUGUAUCCAAAUUUUAAUAUGCCGAAGUCCGUAUUCUUCAAAAUACAAAAAAUGUCCUCAAGGAUUCAAUCAUGUUGUGUUUUGCUGACCGACUGCUACAAAGUAUACUGUCACACCCUGUUACAAGUCAAAUGAUACCACUCAUGUCACUUAAUGAGUUAAAGGUGUAAUAUGAUU